AUGGUUUUUGGAUUGGCCGGGUUAGCAGCCGCAGUGGGAUAUGGUGCUUACUCGUUUAAAAACCGUGGGAAGAUGAGCACAAGCGUGUAUCUAAUGCAGUUCCGUGUCAUCUCGCAAGGCAUCGCCGUGGGCGCCAUUACAUUAGGCAUGGCCUACACUCUUUAUAACAACCACUUCAAUAAAUCUAAAAAGAAUGACCUCAGCAUAAGUGGAAAUGUUACCCAAAGUCAAUGA